GGAACAGCAACAAUGGUCUCACCGGAUGUUGCAAAGUACAAUCUACAUCCUAUUGCGAUCAUCGUACUGCCAAUCCCACUGGUUAUCUUGUCGAGUAUUGCGAUCUCACUACGGUUAUGGGUUCGAUGCUGCCUUGUUCGAUCUUUUGGUCGUGACGAUGUUUUCUUGAUACUCGCUCAUAUUCUCUGCAGNAUAUGUUUUCUCGCUGCUUGUGGGAUAUUCAUGGCAAUUGGUGUAACAGAGUACGAUCAAGGACUCGAGCCCAUCAUUAAGCUCGCAGGAGCAGAAGCACUGAUUGAAACAACAUCUUUACAGCUCAGUGUUCUCGGCAUCGCAACCUACCUCAUCAACCAAUGCUUNUUCAAGCUCUCCAUGGCUUUCUUCUUCCUCCGCAUCUGUGAUCGCCCCGUCCAUCGCUGGAUCAUAAUUUCCAGUGUCAGCAUCUUCAUCAUCUUCAACCUGGCCCUUCUCAGCAUCUCACUAGGUCAAUGCGGCAACAUAGCAACCAUCGAUAUGAAUAACCCACACUGUCUAUCUUGGUCUAUCCUAGGUCCUCUGAACUACUUCAUCGCAGCCCUAAACGCAACAGUAGAUUGGAUAUUCGCCAUCUUGGCUAUUUACAUCGUCUCUGGAUUAAACCUCUCUCCUCACUCUAAAGUUUCUGUGUACUUUAUUAUCUUGCUGGCUUCCUUGGGGAGUAUAGUGAGUGUAGUUCGCAUACCAUAUAUCGACGGUUUACGUCUCAACGCCUCCUACUACUCGCGCAAAAACGACGUUAUAGCCUAUACCUCACUCAUCGAAUCCGCUAUUGGUAUAAUCGUGGCUUCCAUGUCAGUAAUGCGACCACUAGCCGCUCGCCUAGCACAAAAAGCCAAAGUUGCAUUGUCGAGUGGGAGGACAAGUCGAUCCAGCCAAAGAAAACAAACACCACAGAAAAUAGAGUUGCCGAAUAUGGAGAGCAAGGGCGUGGAAGUGAAGUUAUAUCAAGCAUUGCCGGAUCCUACGCCUACGUAUUUGGAAGUGGACUCGGCGACUGGGAUGGAGAUGGAUUAUUUGAGUGUUAAGGAUGGGUUGGCGAGGAUGCAGCAGAAGGAGUGGAGGACUUGA